GCGUCGGCAGCUCUCACCUCUCCGCGGCCGCCGCGCUCGCGCCAUGAAGCUGCUGGGGGCCGCGGCCGCCGUGGCCUUGGGGCGCGGGCCGCUCCCGCGGGCUCCCGGCGCGCUGGGCUGGCGGAGGACGCAGGCCAACUGGAAAGCCCGCCGAUGGUGCUCAUCAGGAGUGAUUCCGAAUGAAAAGAUACGGAAUAUCGGGAUCUCCGCUCACAUCGACUCCGGGAAAACGACGUUAACAGAGCGAGUGCUCUACUACACCGGGAGGAUCGCGAAGAUGCACGAGGUGAAAGGUAAAGACGGAGUUGGUGCCGUCAUGGAUUCCAUGGAACUAGAGAGACAACGAGGAAUCACGAUUCAGUCAGCGGCCACCUAUACCAUGUGGAAAGAUGUCAAUAUCAACAUCAUAGAUACUCCUGGACACGUGGACUUCACAAUAGAAGUGGAAAGGGCCCUGCGGGUGUUGGAUGGUGCCGUCCUGGUUCUCUGCGCUGUGGGAGGGGUGCAGUGCCAGACCAUGACUGUGAACCGUCAGAUGAAGCGCUACAACGUUCCUUUUCUAACCUUCAUUAACAAAUUGGACCGAAUGGGCUCCAACCCAGCCAGGGCACUGCAGCAAAUGAGGUCUAAACUGAAUCAUAAUGCAGCAUUUGUGCAGAUACCCAUUGGUUUGGAGGGUGAUUUUAGAGGUAUAAUAGAUCUUAUUGAGGAACGAGCCAUCUAUUUUGAUGGAGACUUUGGUCAGGUUGUUCGGUAUGGGGAAAUUCCAGCAGAAUUCAGGGCAGCAGCAGCUGACCACCGGCAAGAGCUGAUUGAAUGUGUUGCCAAUUCAGAUGAGCAACUUGGUGAGAUGUUCCUAGAAGAAAAAAUCCCCUCAGUUUCUGAUUUAAAGUGUGCAAUCCGAAGAGCUACUCUAAACAGGUCAUUUACUCCUGUCUUUUUGGGAAGUGCAUUGAAAAACAAAGGAGUUCAGCCUCUUUUAGAUGCUGUUUUAGAAUACCUCCCAAAUCCAUCUGAAGUCCAAAAUUAUGCUAUUCUCCAUCAGGAGGAUGACUCAAAAGAGCAAAACAAAAUCUUAAUGAACUCCGAAAGAAACAGUUCCCACCCAUUUGUAGGCCUGGCUUUUAAAUUGGAGGCUGGGCGAUUUGGACAGUUAACUUAUGUCCGUAAUUAUCAAGGAGAGCUGAAAAAGGGUGACACCAUCUAUAACACGAGGACAGGAAAGAAAGUGCGGGUGCAGCGGCUGGUUCGCAUGCAUGCUGACAUGAUGGAGGAUGUCGAGGAAGUGUAUGCUGGAGACAUCUGUGCAUUGUUUGGCAUUGACUGUGCUAGUGGAGACACAUUCACAAACAGAAAUAACAGUGGCCUUUCCAUGGAGUCAAUUCAUGUUCCUGACCCUGUCAUUUCAAUAGCAAUGAAGCCUUCUAACAAGAAUGAUCUGGAAAAAUUUUCAAAAGGUAUUGGCAGGUUUACAAGAGAAGAUCCCACAUUUAAAGUCCAUUUCGACAAUGAGAGCAAAGAGACCAUUGUAUCUGGAAUGGGAGAAUUACACCUAGAAAUCUAUGCUCAGAGGAUGGAAAGAGAAUAUGGCUGUCCUUGUGUCACAGGAAAGCCGAAAGUUGCCUUCAGAGAGACCAUUACUGCCCCUGUCCCGUUUGAAUUUACACAUAAAAAACAAUCGGGUGGUGCAGGCCAGUUUGGAAAAGUGAUAGGUGUACUGGAGCCUCUGGACCCAGAGAACUACACCAAGUUGGAGUUUUCAGAUGAAACAUUUGGGGCAAAUGUUCCAAAGCAGUUUGUGCCUGCAGUAGAAAAGGGGUUUCUGGACGCCUGUGAGAAAGGGCCUCUUUCCGGUCACAAGCUCUCCGGGCUCCGGUUCGUCCUGCAAGAUGGGGCGCACCACAUGGUCGACUCCAAUGAAAUCUCUUUCAUCCGUGCGGGAGAAGGUGCCCUGAAACAAGCUUUGGCAAAUGCAACAUUAUGUAUUCUUGAACCUAUUAUGUCUGUGGAAGUUAUCGCCCCAAAUGAAUUUCAGGGACAGGUGAUCGCAGGAAUUAACCGGCGCCAUGGUGUAAUCACAGGACAAGAUGGGAUUGAGGACUACUUUACGCUGUAUGCAGAUGUGCCUCUAAACGAAAUGUUUGGUUACUCCACUGAACUUAGGUCAUGCACAGAGGGAAAGGGGGAAUACACAAUGGAGUACUGCAGGUAUCAGCCAUGUUCACCGUCCACGCAAGAGGACCUCGUCAAUAAGUACUUAGAAGCUACAGGUCAACUUCCUGUAAAAAAAGGAAAAGCCAAGAACUAACUUCCUUCAUGCUAGGUUGACUGGCUGCAACUGUAUCUGCAAGAUCCAGAUACUUUAAUGGACCCUGGUGGGAUGGAUUCAGGCUGAAACAAAAUUUAGAGGUCCUUCCUAGUAUAUUCAGGAGCUUCCGUUAUAUUCAAAGAUAAUUCUGCGUAUGUCCCACUCUGUUGAUUGGUUUCAUAGUUCAUUGAAAAACCUCAAAUAAAAUAAUGGUUAUUACUGAGAUAUAUUUAGCAUCUAAGAGAAGAAGAGACUGAUUUCAGUGAUACUUCUAAGCUUACAUGGUAUGUAAACCCUCCCUUCUGAAUUUUUUAUGCUAAGAAUUUUCAACAUAGAGAAAAAGCUAAAAGAAACAAUACAAAGAACAGACACCCAUGUUUUGCAUUGAGACUCAGUAAUGAACAGUCUUGUUAACAAUUUGUUCAUCACAUAAUUUAUUUUGUCAUAUUUGCUUUAUGUCUCAUACUUCUAUAAUUAAUUUUUUAAAUUAUUGUUUUGCUAAGUUGCAUAUAUCGUGACGCUUCUUGGAGUGUCCUCUUUUGAUGAGCAGGCUUUUGUAGAAGGCAGCUAUGCUCACCACUAUACCACCAACGCACAAUGCAACAAGACUUUUUUAAGAGUGGAUUUCACAUGUUCUCAGUAGAGAACAUUUAUCAGAUUCUUCAUUGGGAUAUUACGAUGGCUAGUAAAUUUCUAGCUGUUUUAUAUAUAGGUGAUUGCAUCACUUUGUGGCUUCUGCAAAGUUAUAAUUGCCUGUUUUUAUGUUAGUUUCUUGUGGACCUUUUAAAAUGAAAAGCAGACCUUUGCCUAUGCUCUUCUUACCCGUGUUCAUUCUGUGUUUCUCCAACUCUGAAUAAUAAAAUAUAAUUUAUGUAGUA